AUGCUAAGAAUCCCACACUCUGUUCUGUCUUCACCAGGAAACCCUAAGCGCGACAACACAAAACACACGAUUUUACGACCCUGCCCUCUUCCCCCUCCACCCACGCAGGCAGAUCUUUUCCUCCUCCUCCUCCGCCCGCCGAUCGAUCACGCCACCGAUACGGCGAGGCGAAGAUGGAGACCUCGGCCGCGACCGCGGCGGGCGGAGGAGGAGCGGGGGCUCGCGGCGUCGCUGACGGCGCGGUACUCGGACUGGGUGGUGGAGGAGCUGGACGAGCUCGGGGGCAGCUUCCUGCUCACGGACCCGGCCAUGCCGGGCCACCCCAUCGUCUACGCCUCGCGCGGCCUCCCCGCCCUCACGGGCUACCCGCGCCACGCCGUGCUCGGCCGCAACGCGCGCCUCUUCCAGGGCGCCGCCACCGACCGCGCCGCCGUCGCCGGGGUCCGUGAGGCCGUGCGCGCCCAGCGCGCGCACCAGGUCGCCAUCCUCAACUACCGCAGCGACGGCUCGCCCCACUGGAUGCUGCUCCACGUCGCGCCCGUCUUCCACGCCGCCGACGGGCGGGUGCUCCACUUCCUCGCCGUCCAGUUGCCCAUUGCCGCCGCCGUGCCCCGCAGCGCCGCGUGCCGCGGACCCGCGCUGUUCGCGGCAUGUCGGGAGGAGGCCAGGGUGGAGGAAGAGCUGCCCUGCGCCACCCACGCCGGGGAGGUGUUUGUGGAUAUCGAUAAGAGAGGUCAGUUUGAUUCUGUACAUGCUGCUCUUACUCUUACUAUUCAGCGCUACUAUAUAUUGCUCCACGACAGCCACAGAUAAGCAGUGAACCCAACAUUAAUUGCACACAAGCGAGCUGGUAAUUUAUACCAUGUGCCCUACCGUGCCUUCAUUUGGAAUGUACUGCCUAUGCUCUAUACUGCCUAUGUUAGUGCGAGGUGUUUGUGAUAUUGUGUAGCGGUGCAUUUGUUAGUGCAAAGAUGAAUCAUGUAUGCUUACUCCUAUACUCGUGUGCUACUAAUAUUGAACAGUAAUGAAUCAAUUGGAGUAAUACAAUGAGGAUCCAUUUGUGAUAUUGCCUGUCGUGAACUGUGUGUGGUUGAUUAAGGUGCUGCGUUUGUCCAUGUGUCAGUGCUGUAGUCUGUAGGGGAUUUUCAUGCUUGAUGGUGCCCAUGUGGGGUUUCUCAGAGGCAUUGCUAACCCUCUGGGUAUCAAGGUAACAACUAAUUCUGACACCUAUCAUGAGUCAUAAUAUAAUUUACACUUAAGUUAAACUCCGCAUCCAAAUGGUGAAAUAAUGCACAAUUUGUCUCAUAAUAAUAUUGCCCUUUCUCAUCUAAUUAAAUGUAGAUCAGCGACAAAAUGGAUAUUUAUUGACUAUGACCAUUUCUGAAACUAUUAAGUACUGAGUAUAGCCUAACUUGUCCAAUAUUUACUCACCAGGUUGUUAACUUAUAGCUAAAGAGUUUACACAUGACUAUAUGCUGUGAUGUACUGGUUAUUGCUAGUUGUUGAAAGCAGAUGCAUACACAAAUUGAACUGUUAUUAUUUUGAUUUUUGCAGAGUACUAUUGCUUGCUGAAGGCACGGCAUACACAAUUCCUUGUACCAUUGUUUUCUCUGCAAGCUCCUAGCAGUAUACUGGAUAUUCGUUACUCCCUUUUGUUCUUACUUAUAUUAAGUAGGACAAAAUUUAAGUAGAACAUCUGAGAAGAACAUGGAACUGAGAUAUGUUUCUUGUGCACCUGCAUAUGUCUGUUUUAGGUGAACUGGAGCUUCCUCUGUCCACAAUGCUGGAUGUCAGCGUUGCUCCUUAACAGCUACUGUAUCCGAGGGUUUCAGAAAAGUUAAUCCAUAAGUUGUAACAGCAGCUGCAGACAAAAGACAAGGUCCAGUGAACACACUGCCAUGAACACAUGUUCUUUAUGUUAGAAAUUUAGCUACUAACGCAGGUCAGAAAUUUAGUUAGUAAUGCAUUGCACUGAAUGCAAUGAACACAGAUGUUCUUCGAGCAGUAACCUAAAGUUUGUUCUAGUUUCUGAAUAGAAAGAGAUACAGUAGCAAUUUAUCAGUGUUUAUGAGUACUGAAUUGACCAAGUUAAUGCGUGUAAUUAUCUGAAUUGUAAAGUGCUUGUAAUGUAAGCUUGACUUUAUGUUAAGAGUGUCUAAAGAAA